AUGGCAAUCAUAGGGGCAAGAGGGGGAGGAGCAGGGCGAGCAGCUGGAGCGGCAGAGGGACGGUCAGAGACACAGGGGGGGAGUCCCACUGGUGGCAACCCUGGUGAGGACACGGACGAAGGGGCGAGAGGAGGGGGAGGGGAAGGGGGAGGCGGAGGCGGAGGCGGAGGGGGGACGGUAACGCGCGGGUCGGACAUGCACCUGGCUGCGCGGAGCCUGGAGCAGGCCGUGCCGUUCGCGUUCCUGCUGCUCUUCGUGCAAGUCCGGCAGCACCUGAUUGGCUUCUGCACGGUCGUGUGGCUGACAGCGACGCUCUUCAAGGCCAACGACUUCAUCCGCAAACAGGGCGCGCUCAAGGCGGACCGCAAUCCGGUGCUGCUGGCACUGGCAGCUGUGCUGCUGCUUGCACACGUGGCAGUUGUUAAUUGGCUCUUCUGGCCCGAGCAGCUGUGGAGACCGCUUCUGCUCAUACCGCCUGCUGAAGUGCCCCCUUUCUGGCAUGCUCUCUUCAUUAUAGUCACAAAUGACGUGCUGGUGCGCUUCAUGGCCAUGGCAGUGAAGUGUGGCAUCCUCGUUGCUCACCGCCGCAGCAAGGGGAUGCACAAUCGCCACCAGGCGCAGGUCCUAACCCUAGUGGAGUACACGUCGCUCCUCUACCGGGCGUGGGUGCCGGCACCUGUGUGGUUCCAGUUCUUUCUCAACGACCAGGCAUAUGGCCGCCUCACCGCCUCCCUCACUGCAGGGCUCUACCUCGCGUUCAAGCUCUCCACCUCGCUCGACAGGGUGCUCCUCUUUGUGUCCGCUGUUCGCCAAGCGGUUGGGAAAGGCGAGCAGUAUGGGACCGAGGCCACGCCUGACGAGGUGGCAGCAGCCGGCAACAUGUGUGCCAUCUGCCAGGAGCACAUGACAGGCCCUGUCACGCUGCGAUGCCGCCACGUGUUCUGCGACGAAUGUGUCUCUGAAUGGUAA